AAUCAGGCAGACUAAACAAUAGUGUCUCGGGAUGAAUGUUGAAAACACAAUUUAUCCUCAAAAUUCAAAAGAUCUAGAUCAAUCCGUGUCAAUUUUCAAAUUCAUAGUUUAUCCUAAAAAACUACAGUGAAAACUGGAAUUUGCCGUAAAACAACCCAAAUUACUUGGAUUGAUUUUUAAUUUUUUUUUAUUUAGAGAGUGUUUUAAGCAGAUUUUGAGUACUGAAGAAACAGACAAAGAUCACACUCAUCACCGACCGAGAAAGCGGAAGAAGAAGAAGCAGCAGCUUUCAAUUGACGCACCCUAAGAAGAGAAUGGAAGAAGACCCAUCAAUGAAAACCCUCUUCCCUUUUCCCUGAAGCAGUCUAACCGUUCAACAAAGCGGAAGAAGAAGCUUUCAAUUGACGCACCCUAAGAAGAGAAUAGAAGAAGACCCAUCAAUGAAAACCCUCUUUCCUUUUCUCUGAAGCAGUGUAACCGUUCAAAUUUCAAUCAUGUACCUCUCAGAGAAGCCUCGCCCAAUAGAUUUCUACAAGGAGGAAGCCUCCGCUGUACGCGACACCAUGAUUAUCGAGGUCCCUGCCUCCAAUGGUGACUACCACCACCACCACCACCACCACCACCAGCAGCAGCCGCAGCCGCAGCCGCAGAACAUGAUUAUUGGUGACAACAGCAGUAGCGAGGAUCACGAGGUGAGGGCCCCGAAGAAGAGGGCGGAGACCUGGGUCCAGGACGAGACAAGGAGUCUUAUUGGUUUCCGGCGAGGGAUGGAUGGGCUAUUCAACACGUCCAAGUCUAACAAACACCUAUGGGAGCAGAUAUCGGCCAAAAUGAGGGAGAAGGGGUUUGAUCGUUCACCGACUAUGUGCACCGACAAGUGGAGGAACCUCCUGAAGGAGUACAAGAAGGUCAAACACCAUGAAAAGGGAAGCGGUGGCUCUGCUAAGAUGUCGUAUUACAAGGAUAUUGAGGAGAUUCUGAAGGACAGGAACAAGAGUUCCCAGUACAAAAGCCCCACACCUCCUUCUUCCUCCAAAGUCGAUUCCUACAUGCAAUUCUCUGAUAAGGGCUUUGAGGACACGGGUAUAUCAUUUGGUCCCAUGGAAGCUAGUGGCAGGACAACGCUUAAUCUUGAAAGACGUAGUUUAGACCCUGAUGGACAUGACGGACAUCCGCUUGCCAUUGCGGCAGCAGAUGGGGUAGCAAGUGGAGUUCCUCCUUGGAAUUGGAGAGAUACUCCUGGAAAUGGUGUGGAUGGUCAUUCAUAUGGUGGGAGGGUUAUAUCAGUCAAAUACGGGGACUACACCAGAAGGAUUGGCAUUGAUGGCACUGCAGAUGCCAUUAAGGAGGCUAUCAAAUCUGCAUUUAGAUUGAGAACUAAACGUGCAUUUUGGUUGGAGGAUGAGGACCAGAUAAUUCGGAGUCUUGACAGGGAGAUGCCUCUUGGGAACUACACUCUCCACCUUGAUGAAGGAUUGGCUAUAAAGGUGUGCCUCUAUGAUGAGACGGUCAUACCAGUCCAUACAGAGGAGAGAAUUUUCUACACUGAAGAUGAUUACCGUGAUUUUCUGACCCGCCGAGGAUGGUUAUGUCUGAGGGAGUUUGAUGGUUACAGAAACAUCGACAAUAUGGACGAUCUUCGACCAGGUGCAGUUUACCGUGGCGUGAGUGGCCAGGCACCAGUAAUAAACUAAGUUGCUUGAAGUGGUGAGCCCAAUGUUGUGUUACUUAGGCUCUGUGAAGAAUGCUACAUCAAUGCAGUUUCAAAUUUGCUCAACUGCGUAUAGGAUGCUGUAAUCUGUGUUGUAUGGUAGGAGGAAAUGGGAAUUUUUGCUUAUUUAUGGGCUGGACUUCUAAGAUGCUUGUAAAUAUUUAUCUUCGGUGACAACAAAGUGGUAGUGCCAAAUUCCCGGGCAUUUUUAUCACAUAUUGAUGAAUUAUAAUGAUGUCCCAGCAAUAGGGAAUAGUUAGUACUACGUUGGUAGUAGGUAAGAUUGGGUCGAAGCUCUUGUAGGUCAGGGCUCGAAAGUUGGACAAGAUAUGGAAUUAGGAUUUCACAA